AUGCCAACUCACCUCCUCCCCAUCACAUUCCUCCUCUCCCUCUCUGCAUUCGGCCUCAGAUCGCUCCACCUUUUCGCCAUCUCCAACGGUUUCCUCAUACAUCUCGAGAAAUGCAUUACGAACGGCACAACACCCGGUGGCAAGCCGCUUCGCACUCUAACAACAAACGGACGCUGGCCGAAGCUUGAUCUUCAGUUGCGUGCCGUGGCCGUCUUCCUUCUCAUCUUCUGUGAGGAUAUGCAGCAUGCAGAUGCGGAUGUUGUGGGAUUCAGUUUUGCGGCAAACUGGGGAGCGUCGUGGAUCUUGAUUGUCUUGGAAGGGUUGAGAGCGUACAGUCGACCGAGGUUCAUGAGCUGGACCAUGAUUCCAGGCAUAUUGAUUUUCAACCAGUCCAACGCAGUUUUCACGCCGCUUUAUUUGGCAGCCAGGCUCGCAGUGGCAUCUCCGUCAAUUUCUGCACCAAGUCUGUUGGUCAGCCCUUUAGACCUGGACUUGAUACCUUGGAGCUUCCUGCUGGCCUAUGUGAUACCGCUAGUUGCAAUGGCGAUGCCUUGUCUCUUGAUCAAGGGCUUCAAUACUAAGCAUGUUAUUGCCUCUUGGUACCAGCAGUGGAAUGUCUACAUAGCUCUGAUCCACACUUUGCUGGCAUGGACGUGGAUUGCUAGCGGCUACGACCAGAACUCAAGCGAUGCGACCAUGGAGGACUUCCUUGGCCGUUUGCGGCCUGUUUACACCUUUACCAUGGUCUUUGCUGGAGCUUCGCUAUGGAUUCCCGUAAUCAUCUCUGCUCUCGCCAUGUUCUCCGGACGACGAAGUCAACAGAGGCUGGACAUCAAGCACAUAUUCGUCCCGCCUUCUCCAUGGAGCAAAGUCAAAUGUAGGAGCGCCUUCGAAGGGGGUAAAUGGCUUCUACAGUGGGACGGCAUCAUUGGGAGCUCAGCAAGCGCCGUGUGGGCAUUGUCCUUGUUCAACGAGAGUCGUGCCAUGUUGGCGCCCGAUCUGCCUUUGAAGACGAUAUUGGAGAAGAUCGCGCUGUAUCUGGUAAUGGGUGGUCCAAUGGCAGUCGCCACAGGGUUCUUGUGGGAAAGAGACGCGUUGGUGCUUUCCGGGAAUUCAGGUUCUCUAGUCUAG